CCAAAAUUCAGUGCAUUUGGCUGUUGUUUUUCUUAUCUGGCUCAUCAUUCCUUUUUAUAUUACACAUUUUAUUCUCAGGCACUUUAUUACAGCUUGAUAUUUAUGAACCCUGCUAUUGGACCUUUACAAUUCUGGGAUGUAUUGUGGGUUGUUGGUAUCACAGACUUUGUUGUGAAGUUUAUCUUUAUGGGCCUCAAGUGUUUGAUUCUGCUGGUGCCUUCUUUUAUAAUGUCACAUAAAUGUAAGGGCUAUUGGUACAUGUGCUUAGAAGAGAUUGCACAGUAUUAUUGCAUGCUUGUGCUAACGCCAGUGUGGUUCCGUUAUUUGAUUGAUUAUGGGGCUCAGACCAGUGGAGUGGAAUGGCAUUUUGGUGUUUUGUUGGCUUUGCUCUACCUCAUCAUAAAACUUUUUGUGGUUUUUGGACAAUGGAAAACAUCUGCGGAUAUCUUACGAUUGUUUUUUACUCAGCCUAGUUAUGGAGUAGCUGCAUCUAAAAGGCAAUGUUCAGAAGUUGAUGACAUCUGUGCAAUCUGUCGGUCUGAAUUUAGAAAGCCAACAGUACUUCUGUGUCAGCAUAUAUUUUGUGAGGAAUGCAUCUCAUUGUGGUUCAAUAGAGAGAAGACCUGCCCCCUGUGCCGUACUGUGAUUUCUAGCCAUAACCACAAGUGGAAAGAUGGCGCCACAUCACUACAGCUACGCCUGUUCUAG